AUGAUUUAUCAACUGUUUUUAAAGAAAUCAAUUGAUUGUUCUCAGUUAUGUCCAUAUGAAUCAAUUUUAACAAACAAUCGACUCAUAUUUGAUAAAACUCAUUCUAUAGAACAUUAUUCAGAAUUUGUUUGUCCACAAAAUUUUCGUAAUUUAGCUGACUGGGUUUAUGGUUGGCCGGAUAAUGUUUUUGAAGAGAAGAUAGAAGUUACUACUAGUGAACAUAUUAUUGCACCUUGUUUACCAUCUGGUAGCAUUAUAUUUGUCAAACCUGAUGAUUCUGAAAAAUUUUUCCAUGAUAUUUACCCAUAUUUGAUUAAUAAAUUUGUUCUUAUUACAGCCCAAGGAGAUGCAUCAUCACCGAACAAGUUUCUUUCUUAUCUUCAUGAUACCGAUUCAAAAAUUAUCCAUUGGUUUGGUCAAAACACGGAUAUUGACUCUCAACAGACUAAUAAAUUUACUUCCAUUCCCAUCGGUAUAAAUUGUUACGAGAUGGCAAAUGGAAUUCGAUAUAUACAUCAACAAAAUUCUAAUAAUACACUUCCAUCGUUAUUUGGUGGUACAGAUGAACCUAGUCAGUAUUCACAUCUUCUUGAUAUAACAUAUAAUGUGUUGAAUGGAUAUUCAAGUAAACGAUUAUUACUUCUCAAUUUUCAAAAAAUGACUGAUCCAACUGGACUUCGUUCACAACUUUGGAAAGUUUUUUGUCGCCGUCGUUUUACUUCUGCAUUUGUUGAAUGCCUUGACAAACCAAAUGGAGUUAAUAUUUCAAGUCUACCAAGUAUCUAUAUACGAAAUCGUCAAUAUCCAUUUUGGCUUUCUCCUCGUGGUAAUGGACUUGAUUGUCAUCGAACAUGGGAAGCACUCUAUUUAGAUACAAUUCCUAUCGUUUGGAAUAUGACGUUAAAUCCUCUCUUUGUCGAUUUACCUGUGAUAGUUAUUAAUAAUUACAAUGAACUUACUGAACAAUUUCUACGUACUAAACUCAAUGAAAUAGCAAAAAAUAAAGUUAAAAAUCCAUCAUUUUAUCGAUUUGAAAAAUUAAGAUUUAGUUAUUGGCGACGUAUGAUUUUAAGUAAAUCAAGAUAUUCAACUACAACUACAAGACGACAAAAUCAAUGUUGGCGUGCUAAAACUGUGACUAAAAUUAAUUGA